UUGUGGUAGCUUUUUGUUGCAAAAACCAAACAUCGUUUUUAGUGAGUGAUUAAACUCAUUUAAUAUUUGGGACCACGAUAUACAGGAGAAAAAUAAAAGAUUUUAAAAAGCGACGAACAGUUAUGGAUUACUAUAAUCAAGUCAAAUUAUUAGGCAGAGGAGCUUUUGGAACAAUCCAUUUAUGUGAGAAAAUCCAUAACAAACAAAAAUUGGUGCGAAAACAAAUAACUUUGGAACUAGAUGGACCCCAGCUGCAGGCGGCUAAGAACGAGGUAGCCAUAUUGAAAUCUUUAAAUCAUCCGAACAUUAUUCAGUAUUGUGAUAGUUAUGAUAGCAAAGGGAUAUUUUAUAUUGUGAUGGAGUAUGCCAGCAAAGGAACCUUGCAGCAGCUGAUUGAAAAAGAAAGACCAAAUGCGUUUGCACCCCAGUACGUCAUGGAUUUAUUCUGUCAAAUUCUAAUGGGACUGGAUCAUAUCCACCAAAAACAAGUGAUUCACAGAGAUCUGAAAACCGAGAACAUAUUCCUGACAGGUCUACGUGGUGACGUCGUUAAAAUUGGCGACUUUGGAAUUUCAAAAGCUCUGAUCAACGAAAACAAAGCCAAUACCAUAAUCGGAACCUGCAAUUACUUGGCACCUGAACUCUGCAACGGGGAAUCAUACAACGCUAAAUCUGACAUUUGGGCCUUGGGGUGCAUUCUGUAUGAGAUGUGCGCUAUGGAGAAAAUGUUUUCUGGAACGGUGUCAAACGUGGUCCUGUCCAUAGCCAGCGGUCGCAAAAAACGUGUAAACACAAAAGUCUAUGGCAAACAAAUGCAAGAAAUUAUUGAUAUGAUGCUACAAACAGAUCCCAAUAACAGGCCCGAUACAAGAGAUUUAAUGACAGAUCCUGAUGUUUUUUCCACAUUGUAUUCACUAGGUGGAUUUCUAGGAUGCAUAGACGCCGAAUAACUCAAAAAAAUUUUUAUUUUGAAUUGAGAUAUUUUAAAAGUAUUUAUGACAAAUUUUUAAGAAUUUUUUAUGUGUUUUAUAUGAUAUGUAUGUUGACUGAAUUUUUUGACUAAUUUUUGUAACUUAGAUUUUGGGUCGUCUCAUGUGACUGAAAAUCGUUUUAAUAUAAUAAAAGACAAGACAAACGUA